AAGCUACACACAAUAUCCAUUGGUUCAGUUGAAAUAUAAAAUAUUUAACAUUUAAUAAUAAAAUAAUAAAAAAUAAUAUUAAAUAAAGAAAAAAUAGUGAAAUAAAAAAUGUUAAGCAGUAAUGCUAUUCUAACAGAUUGGGAUGGUCAAAUAAACGUUCUCGAACGUCAAGAUCUUCCUUUGUUAUACAGAGGUGCCGCUAGAGAAAACCAAGAGGAUUCUCUUAAUAAUUUACAAACAAAUUCCAAGCACUUAGGAAAUAUAUCUCGAGAAAAUAGUAUUGAAAAACAACGAAACAUACACAAAACAAUUUCUACCGACAAUCAUAAUAAUAUUGUAGAUGAUAGAGAUGCUAGCAUUUACGGAGCCAUUUCCGAAUCACUAACAGGAAGACAUGAAUGUCACGAUAAUAUAAGUCGAGCCUCUUCCUCAAGAUUUGGAUCAAUUUAUCAACAAGUAGCUGCUGGUUCUUCAAUGUUAGCAGAUAGUAUUACAGAAAUUAUGUCUGAUGACUAUCAAAAUGAUCAUGAGCCAACUUCAGCAAUUCUCGAUUAUUGCAAAAGAAAGGUCUUGCGCCCAUAUGUUGCCAUCCUAUCAUUGGUGGGAUUAAAUCCAAUAUCAACAGAUACAACCAGAUGUAAAGCUUACCUAAGCUAUUUGCAAUGCACAAUUCUAAUAAUUAUUUUACUUUUUGGUUAUUUUUUGCAGUAUUUGUCAGCAUAUCGAGGCGAUCGUGGAUUUUCAACAAAUACUAAAAAUGUGGAAUCUAUUGAUGAAUCAAAGGACGAUUCGGCCUAUACAAUUGGUGAGCUUCUUUUUGGUUUUAUUAUACCCUGUUCAUUGGAUCUUGCUGGAUACGUUUCAGCAGUUAUAAUAUGCAAAUUCAUCGAUCACGAACAAUUGCAAAAUCUUAUUGAACGUACAUUUCUAAUGUCAAUGCAACCGAAAAAACUAUUUAGAACCUUCUGGUUGCAUAUAGUUGGUGCAUUUGUUCUGUGUUGCUGCUUAUAUGCGUAUUUUAUACCCGUUGUUAUUUUACAAUCACCUAUUAUUCCGUACAAAUGGUUUGGUGAUUUGGAGACUAUAUGGCAAUUAUUUGUAAAGGUAGCCCUCUUGAUAACGUUGUCGGUGCAAAAUUUAAUUGAGAUAAUUAUUUUAAGCAGUUAUUGUAUCGAAUGUUAUUUAUUAAAGGUUCAUUUGUUAACAUUGUCUCAGAAGUUAUUAUUGCACUCUAUAGAAUCAGCUGACUGGAUGCGGGAAAUCCUGCAGUUUCGGAAAUUACUCGAACGUCUUAACAAUAAUGUGUCUUUGCCGGUGUCCUUCUUUGUAAUCAUGAAUAUGGCGUAUGCCUUCGCUGGGUUUGUUUAUAUGUUCAAAGACUUUGACUUCCAUUAUUGUGCCAUGAAAACCGUAAUUUUAAAUUUUACAAAUGUUUUAUUGUGGUUAAUAUUAGGUUUAUUGCCGUUUUUCAUUGCCGCAUCGUUAACUCAGGCAUGUCAAUCAGUCAGAAAUAAUGGUCAUCAGAUACGAGUAAGACCAUUUGUGUACCAUAAUACAUCUACGGAGGACCUUAAUUCGAUGUUGAUAUUUUCAUCGACCUUGGAUAUGUCAGCCAAACUGUUUCGCAUGCCUAUACAAUCUAACUACAUUUGUUUUGCAGUGCUUAUUAUAUCAAUAGUUAUUCUAACAUUGGGAAUGUGUUUUAAUCUUUCUAUAUUUGGUAUUCCUAAAUUGUAAUAUAUAGUAAUUAUUCAAAAGUGGUGUUUUUAUUCUGGUUUAAAAUAUUGAAAAAUGUAUAAAAGAAAAUAAACAGCAUUUAAAUUAA